UUUGGAAUUUUCAUAGUCGAAAGGCAAGUCGUAGUACACAGAGGUAUACGAUGUGAUUUGUUUGAAAUUUUGUUUGGUUUAAUUUUGACGUUCUCUUUUUCUGUGUUUUAUUUAUUUUCUGACAUCAACACACGUUCCAAAAUGGAAAUACCAAUGAGUGAAACGAUAAAUCUGAUACAUUCCGCUUUUCAUGAACUUUAUUAUCGUUUCGACGAAUCUAUGGAAUGGCAAAAUUCUGCUGAUGAGAUGGACAUACCAAUGGAAAACUCUAACGAAGAAUUACAAAUACCAUCGCAGUAUGCAUUGUAUGAAUGUCAAGACCCGAAUAAUGGUAAUGAGAUGGACAUAACAAUGGAAAACUCUAACGAAGAAUUACAAAUACCAUGGCAGUAUGAAUAUUAUGGGUAUCACAACCCGAAUAAUGGUAAUGAAAGAUUUCUUUCAAACUACCACACUCAAUCAGAUCCAUUGACUCGGCAUUGGAACGAUAUGAAUGAAGAGAAAUACGAAAACCACUCGACUCAAAUGGCUUGUUGUUUUCAUGAAACAAAUGGAGAUGUGGACCAGCUUUCGAAAAAGAAUGAAGAAAUCAUCCAACAGAUUCAAAGAGCUUGUUUUUUAGCGAACAAUUUAGAUGAAAUCUUAUCAUCUCAAUGUUGCAUCGAUUUCAAAGAUGUCAAUGAAGAAUAUAUCAACAAUAUUGCCAGUCAAGAUUUAGGUAAUAACGGAGUGGUUGAUCCAAAGAAACAAAUGGCAAAUUACCUGAAAACAGUAGUGGAAAAGAAGUUCGCAACUCAAAGUAAAUUUCUUGAGAAGAAUAUGAGGAUUAAGUUAUCAUUGUGGAAAUUAUGGAAAAAUGUGUGUGAUUGAAGUGAUUCAA